GCGGCUCCCUUGCCCGUGCACCUGGGGGAGGAGGAGGAGGAGGAGGAGGAGCUUCCUGGCUCCCCUUCCUCCUCCGCCUCCUCUCGCAAGGGCUCCUCGCCCGCCCGCCCGGCCGCCUUCCUCGCCCUCAGUCCCAGCCUUUGCGAGCUGCCUGCCCGCCUCUCCCUCGCCAUGCCCAAGAAGAAGCCCCUUCCCAUCCAGCUCAACCCGGCGCCCGACGGAUCCGCCCCCAAUGGGACCAGCGCCGCCGAGACGAACCUGGAGGCCCUGCAGAAGAAGCUGGAGGAGCUGGAGCUGGACGAGCAGCAGCGGAAGCGCCUGGAGGCCUUUCUGACCCAGAAGCAGAAGGUCGGGGAGCUGAAGGACGACGACUUCGAGAAGAUCAGCGAGCUGGGCGCCGGGAACGGCGGGGUGGUCUUCAAGGUCUCCCACAAGCCCUCGGGCCUCAUCAUGGCCAGGAAGCUGAUCCACCUGGAGAUCAAGCCGGCCAUUCGGAACCAGAUCAUCCGGGAGCUGCAAGUCUUGCACGAGUGCAAUUCUCCGUAUAUUGUGGGCUUCUAUGGAGCGUUUUACAGCGACGGGGAGAUCAGUAUUUGCAUGGAGCACAUGGACGGUGGCUCUUUGGACCAAGUCCUGAAAAAGGCCGGCAGGAUCCCGGAGAAGAUUCUCGGCAAAGUUAGCAUCGCGGUGAUCAAAGGCCUGACAUACCUGAGAGAGAAGCAUAAAAUAAUGCACCGAGACGUGAAGCCGUCCAACAUUUUGGUCAACUCCCGAGGGGAGAUCAAGCUUUGCGACUUCGGGGUCAGCGGGCAGCUGAUCGACUCCAUGGCCAACUCCUUCGUGGGGACGCGGUCCUACAUGUCCCCGGAGCGUCUCCAAGGGACGCACUACUCGGUGCAGUCGGACAUCUGGAGCAUGGGCCUCUCCCUGGUGGAAAUGGCCAUCGGCCGGUACCCCAUCCCGCCGCCGGACGCCAAGGAGCUGCAGCUCAUGUUUGGGGGGCCCGUGGCGGAUGGUGGCCCCCCCUGCGAGACCUCGCUACGGCAACGGACCCCCGGGCGGCCCCCCAGCGCUUACAGCUCGGACAGCCGGCCUCCGAUGGCCAUCUUUGAACUCCUAGACUAUAUCGUCAAUGAGCCGCCUCCGAAGCUCCCCAGCGGCGCCUUCAGCCCAGACUUCCAGGACUUUGUGAACCAGUGCUUGAUCAAGAACCCGGCGGAAAGAGCCGACCUCAAGCAGCUGAUGGUCCACACGUUCAUCAAGCGCUCUGAGGCGGACGAGGCAGACUUUGCCGGAUGGCUCUGCGCCACCAUCGGCCUCAGCCAGCCCAGCACCCCCACCCACAUCGGCAGCGGUGUCUGACUCUUGAACUGGGGCGAAUUGGGGGCCCUCCGUUCCGAGGGGAGCGUGGCGGAGCCCCUCCUUCCUUCCUCCUCCUCCUCUUCCUCCAAGACGGAAACCCACCGGGCGGUCGCCUGGUGAAUGGGCACCCGCCACCACGGCCCCCUCCUCCUCCUCCUCCUCCUCCUCCUCCUCCUCUUUGGCCAGCGCAGCCUUGGCACCGACUUCUCAGAGCUUCUCUCCGCUUGGCCGGCAACGACGGGUCUUUCCAACACAAAACAGGGCCCGACUUCGCAUGUGCCAAAUUACGACUAUUAUUUCCUCCCUCUCACCCUUCCCUUCCUUCCUUCCAUCCGUCCUUCCUUCCUUCUGUUCUUCGUUCCUUCCGUCCGUCCGUCCGUCAGUCCUUCCUUCCGUCCAUCCAUCCAUCCAUCCUUCCUUGUUCUUCGUUCCUUCCUUCCUCCAUUCCAUCCAUCCAUCCUUCUGUCCUUCCUUCCUCCAUUCCAUCCUUCCUUCUGUUCUUCCCUCCUUCCUUCCUUCCUUCUUUCUGUUCUUCCCUCCUUCCUUCCUUCCUUUUCCAGGGUCCCAACUGAAUAUGUUCCUAAUCAACAACUUGUUUGCUAUCUGACCAAACCAACCUGCGUGAGAGCCUCCUUUCCAAGCGGGAAGUGUGUCCUCCUCCUCCUCCGAAACAGUUGUCGGCUGCGAGCCUUUCUUUUCUUGUCACUUGAAUCUCGUCCUUCCUCAGUCCUGCUUCUCCAAGUCUCUCAGGUGAAACCGUCAGCGAAAUCCUCUCCCAAGGAAGUCUUAAUAUACUGCGAAGCCAAGAUUCAGGCACUUCUCCUGACCUUUGCAGAAAGACUUCUCAAUGGGCAUGGGACGGACAAACUCCUCAACCGGGGACGGCGCUUCUAUUUAUUCCCAGUUGAUCUGAUGGUUUUGUCUUCUGGUAAGACUCGCACUCUCGGCCAGAAGAAGGAAAUGCACUGAAACCCUCCUCCUCCUCCUCCUCCUCCUCCAAAGACCAGCCGACCUUUGGUUACGAAGAAAAACUCUGCAUAUACAUUUGUGUUUGGAAAAUCCUUUUUAAUCAUUUCAUUCUCUCAGAUGUUCCGCAGUUCCAUCCUACACUAAUAAAUAGAUCAUGGCAUUA